AUGAGUGAAAGGAACGUCCAAAGUUUGAGCAAAGGAGUAUUGGUGCUCUCUCUCUGCCUUAUAAUGCUUUGGGGAAGGCUGACACAGGCAUCAUCAUAUCACAGAAGCCAUUCGGUGCACAUAGAACCUGGUACGUGUGAAGUCAUUGCUGCCCACAGAUGCUGUAAUAAGAAUAAGAUUGAAGAGCGCUCCCAAACAGUGAAAUGUUCCUGCUUUCCAGGUCAGGUGGCUGGGACAACACAUGCUGCUCCUUCAUGUGUAGAUGCAUCAAUAGUGCUUCAGAAAUGGUGGUGCCAAAUGCAGCCAUGUCUAGAAGGAGAGGAGUGUAAAGUACUACCGGAUUUGUCUGGAUGGAGUUGCAGUACUGGAAACAAAGUAAAGACAACUAAGCCAAACAGUUUCCAUCCUGUCACAGCUCCUCCUGUUGGAGCAAUCAUCUGUGACAGAGAACUACAUGAUUAUUAUUUUCAUGGCUUGCUGAAUACUCUGAAGAACAAGAUCUUGGAAGAUCCACUGUUAUCCGAUGUCAUCUUCAUUGAUAUGGCCAGCGUUCCAAAUAUGGCACAAUACGGCUUUUGUUCAGGUGCAAGAUACUUCUCGUAUGCUCUACAGAGUUGGAAAUAUGAGGACUUCCUUGGUACAGGAUAUAAUGCAUUUGAGAUGGCCAAGUGCAUAAAAGUUCUUCUACAUCGAGAAUCAGAAAAUAUAGACAUCUGUAAAACCUUAAAACAAAGCUAG